CUUUUAUUCAAUCACUUUGUCCAGCUGCUCACUGUGAUUUUUAGCUGUACGUACGACAGUAUUUUCAAUCAACUGCGUAUUUACAUUUCAUGCAAAGUUGAAAGUGAAAAUUACAACGUGGUUUAAGACCAUUGUGCUUAAUAUUAUAUAAAAUGGCUUACGCCUACUUGUUUAAGUAUAUCAUCAUCGGUGACACAGGUGUCGGUAAAUCCUGCUUGCUGCUACAGUUUACAGACAAGAGAUUUCAACCAGUUCAUGACCUUACUAUAGGAGUUGAAUUUGGAGCUCGCAUGAUCACAAUUGAUGGGAAACAAAUCAAACUGCAAAUUUGGGACACAGCAGGACAGGAAGCUUUCAGGUCCAUCACCAGAUCGUACUACCGAGGUGCGGCGGGUGCCCUAUUAGUGUACGACAUAACAAGACGAGACACAUUCAACCACUUGACAACAUGGCUAGAAGAUGCCAGACAACAUUCCAACUCCAAUAUGGUCAUUAUGCUCAUCGGAAAUAAGAGCGAUCUUGAGUCACGGCGUGAAGUAAAGAAAGAGGAAGGCGAAGCAUUUGCUCGCGAACACGGCCUUGUAUUUAUGGAAACUUCUGCAAAGACUGCUGCAAACGUCGAGGAAGCCUUCAUCAACACUGCUAAAGAGAUCUACGAGAAGAUCCAGGAAGGAGUCUUCGAUAUUAAUAAUGAGGCGAAUGGCAUUAAAAUCGGGCCCCAGCAUUCGACGGGGGCGGGAGCGGGGGCGGGCGGGGCCGGCGCGGGCGGCGCGGCCGGCGGCGGCUGUUGUUAGGUGGCGAGCUGCACACGCUGAGGGGGCUGAGGGGAAUGGUGCAGCUGUGUGCAACGAUAAUGGAUACAGAACUUACUGCGUGCUGGAUAGUUAAUUUUAUUUUAUAUAAUAUAUUGCGUUGUAUCUCAUUGUUAUCACAAGUUGCGGCCUGAUGGACGCGCAGUUCAUUAUUAAGUUUGAGUGCGCUUUCCUUCUUCGAAAUACGAGAUUGUUGUUACAACAAUUACUGUUACGGUCAUCGUUAUGGCAUGGCUAGCAUAACUUGAUCUUGUGAUUCCACUAGUGUUUCAUAAGAGCAGCGGUUAUCCCUCUUACAUCAGAUAGUUCUUGACUUGCAAUUGUGUAUUAUUUCAUAAUUGGUAUUUACAUAUUAAAAAUCGAAAUCACGAGACGACUAAGGUCCGUAACGUCAGUGUUGUGGGCUGAUAAUGCCUUUUAAUUAAACAUCAGUUGCUGUUUCCGUAACUUCUGCCAAAAAUAUAUCUGCAACAAUCUGCGAAGAAGUGUAUCAGUGAAUAACCAGACAGGGUGUAUUGUCGCACUUCAGUCAACAUUAUGCUGUUAACGUGCCUUGAGAGUGCACUGUUCGGGGAAUGAAGAACAUCUACGUCAAUGUUUCCGCCUGUGGGUGUACUUUUGGUCCUUCGAGCCUGGUAUGUUCAGUUAAUGAAAAGGUGUAAAUUUUUUGUGACUAAGAACAAAUUUUCAUUGUUUAUAAUUUUUACAGUUAAUUAUGCCAAAAAGAACCAAGUAUGUGCAAUAUACAGUAUCAAAGAAAUUAACUUUAAUUACUUUAUAUAUCAUUUCUGGCUACGACUUCGUUCGCUUUAGGCAAUCUUUCGGAAACUCCUGAAAAUUUUGGGGAAAAUCCUUUAUUUUCUAAACCGUUGACGUGUGCAAAUUUCAUGAUGAUAGAUUGAAAGCUUAACAAACAAACUUGGACUUAUUUAUAUUUUAUAAUAUAUUUAUAUAACUGAUUACAUUUCCGUCUCCUUAAAUCCACGUAUGUUUUUUGUGAUACAUAUUAAAUUGUCGAAUAACUAAUGACUAUAUCGAAGAAUAAAAACGCAAUUGGAAAUGCUGUAACUAUUAAUAAUUAAUAUGUUUAUACAAUAAUCAAUUCCUGUUCCAGAAAUUAUUUAUUGGAUAUGCACAUAAGGGCGGAUAAAUAUGUAUUAAAUUCCAGAUUGUUUUUUUUUGGUGUGGCGGUAAGACAUUUCAGAUAACAUUCAUGUAGAUGUAAGUUUAUAUAAAUACGACUUAAGAGAUUUGACGAUUUUAAUAAUAACUUAAGGCAUGGUGGCCGUACAGAAUACAAUGACCCAGUUUUGAUAUAAACAUUGGGUUAAUAAAAGUGCAAAAUACCAAAAUAAAAUACUGGAAUACUAAUCGAAGUUAAAGAUGCUACAGCUCAUUUUCAUUGCAUUCUGAGGCUUGACGUCAUUAGCACCACGACACUACGAACGUAAUUCAAAGAAGACUCAAAAUCUGCCAUCAUGCCCAGUAAAACUACCCGGUUAUAUUAUCUCUGGACUCGACGCCGAUGACGUCACAUCCUCGUUUUGUUACGGUGUGAAAAACAAGCAUCACUAGGUUUUUAUCAAUAAAUAAACUACUAUUUAUUUUUUCUGUAUUAUUAAUUAAGUAAAGGUGUUGUGUUGUGAUGCUGAUUAUUAUUACAAUAGUGAAAAAUUAAUUAAAGAAUCUGGGUUAAGUACAAAUGUAUUUAUUUUUCUAUUAUGUAUAUUAUAAGAACUAUUAUUAUAGCGACAAAGAACAACAGAAGGAUUAAUAACAAAAGUCAAAACGUGGCAAUGAAAACUUCAAAAACAAAGCAGUGAUUGCACGAAAAUAUCACGAAAUGUAACAGUAAUGAAACUGCAAACCGUACUGACAAAAUAGGUCGUGGGCGAGGGGGUGAAGGGGGUUUUUAAAGCGAGGUCCAGAGAUAGUGUGGCCGUGAAGUAAAAUAAUAUAUAGGUCACACCUAAUAAAAUAAUAAUAAUUGAAUGCGCAGUAAUAGUCAUCGUGCAUACCUGCGCAUUACUUAAACUCUUAUCAGGACCUAUGCUGUAUAAAUUUAAUUAUGUUGUUUUGUGACGUAUUACCAGGUGCAGGCUGAUUUUGAUUAUCUUAUUGUGUUUAUUGAAAAUUUCCUAUUUACAUCUUAGAAAAGUUUAUAUCCAUAAUCUACGUGUCCAACUUGACAAAACAAUAAAAUGGAGGUCUAACCCUUCAUCAAGGAUUUUUUUUUGGGCAUCAACCUAAUGGGACUUUUUCUUAUAAUCGAGUAUAUUGAAAAGUGAUUUAGAUAUUCUUCUUUUAUUGUAUUUUGGUUUGAGCUCAUGGUCUUGUUACCGAUUCUUUAAAUAAAUAGAACUAGCGUAAAGCCAUCACCACCAUCCAUUUAGUAUUAAAAACUAUUUUAUACGACUAAUUCUUAUAAUACAUUUGACGGGGAUGUACAUUUUUUUAUUACUGGCUACAUUAUAAUAUGCGUGCACAACAUGUUACCAACAAGCUUUUUAUGUACAGGAGAGAAUGUUGUAUUAAUCUUAAAGGAGUGCUUACAAAAGUUGAGGAAAAAACUAGGUUAAUUUUAAGUUUAGCACAUGUAUGAUGUAGUGAUGUUUUAUAAGGUUAUAUAAUAUGCAACAUAUUUGUAAAGCAUAAUUCAUGAAUUAAAUGUUUAAAUUGA